ACACGCGCGCGCCGAUCUAUCGUCAUUUUAAAUAUUCAAAAUAAAAUCACAUAACACAUCGUGAUAUUAAGUGGAUAUGCUUGUGGUGAUAUUCAGUGCCAAUGUGUGCUUUGUGUUCGAGUGACAAAAAUCGUACAAUAGGGCUGUCGAGAAGUGCACUCCACCGUAACACCGACCCAUGACUCAGCACUAACUCAUUGCCGAUCACACUCAACAAUGACAGUCACGUAAACAUGUGACACACACCGCCAAAAUGUUUGCGAAAACCGACAGAUUUUGGGAUCGUAGAAAGCAAAGAAAUUCACGAUGAUGCCGCGAUACCAGUUCUUCGAUUCGAUCAAAUAAACGCUCACGCGAUAUCCUACAUUAGUUAAGUACCGAAAAGCAAUAUUAGUUUAGUGUAAAUAAGUGUAUAUAAGUGGACGCAAUAUUUCGAUGUGUAGUUUAAAUAAAUCCGUUCCUAUAGGCAAUACGUUAUCGGGGGCCAAUCGAGUCUAGCUAGAGACUGUGGUAGCAAGAUGCUUGGCAAUAGCACGUUGAAGACAAUGAGUUGGAAUGCCACAAAUUCAAGCUAUCUUAUACCGAGUUAUUUGAGUUCAGAGGAAUUUUUCGCUUUGCAGAACGGAUCCGACUUGAAUUCGACGAUCAAUGAUACGAUAAGUCAGUUUGUCUUGAAGAGUUGGUACCCGAGCGGGUAUUCGCCGGCGCACAUAAUAAUUGCUUCGGUAGUUGUGACGGUGCUGAUGAUCAUGGUGGUGGUUGGGAACAUGCUGGUUAUUAUAGCUAUAGUUACAGAGAAGGCGUUGAAGAACAUACAGAACUGGUUCAUAGCAUCGCUAGCGGUGUCGGACUUCUUCCUAGGUUUGGUGAUAAUGCCGUUUUCUCUCGCGAAUGAGUUAAUGGGUUAUUGGAUAUUUGGAUUCUGGUGGUGUGAGAUACAUUCGGCGAUGGAUGUGCUGUUGUGUACCGCGUCGAUCAUGAACCUGUGUCUCAUAUCGCUGGAUCGAUACUGGAGUAUAACGCAGGCGGUCGACUACCUCAAAAAGCGGACGCCAGCGCGGGCGGCGCUCAUGAUCGCAGCGGUGUGGCUGAUGAGCGCGCUCGUGUGUAUACCGCCCUUGCUGGGCUGGCGGGUGAGCAGGCCGCCGGAGCAGUUUCCACAAUGCAAGGUGUCAGACGACAUCGGCUACGUGAUCUACUCAGCCCUCGGCAGCUUCUACAUCCCGUCCUGCAUCAUGGUGUUUGUGUAUAUUCGUAUAUACUUCGCUGCAAAGGCGAGGGCCAGGAGGGGCAUACGGAAGAACCCAAGGCCGAGAGCUAACGAACAGCAGACGAGUUUCUCAAACGCGCCGAAGGGGACUCGCCCUAUGCCUUCAUCAUCUUUAUCUAUGCCAACAGGAGUAGAUGCUAGUAAUUCUAAUAAUAAUAGGGAAAGCCAAAUAUCAACAAUAGAAACACAACAAGUGCCGAUACCCGUCGUUACUUGUGACUUCGCGUCUGACAUAUCAACGAGCGAGGCGGGCGACGCGCCACAGCCUGACGAUAGGAAAGACACGUUGAAGGUAACAACAUGUGCGCAAGUCACAAGAAAUCCUCUCGCCGCGUGUGCCUAUAGACAUUCCUCGCUAUCCGUGAACGGGGAACUGCAGCUACAGUCCCAGAGGUGUCGAGCCCCAAGUAUGGCGAUAGACACUGACAUGGUGUCAGAGCUAGAACCUUCCUCAUCAGACUCUGGUGUGGCCACGCGCUGCGCUGUCGUCAAACCUCUCAAACUACGGAUAUGUCAACCCAUAUUCGGCAAAAAGUCCGAGAGAAAGGCGGAAAAACAACCAUCCAAAUCAGAAUUAGAGCCCGCACUGCCUAAACAGCAUAAACCUAGAGACCCAGAAAGGGAGAAGAGAAGAUUAGCGAGAAAGAAAGAGAAACGAGCGACGCUAAUCCUCGGUUUGAUCAUGGGCAGUUUUAUAGCGUGCUGGCUGCCAUUCUUUUUCCUGUACAUUCUAAAAGCCGCGUGUAGACGUUGUGUUAUACCGGGUAGUGCGUUCGCUAUCGCCUUCUGGUUAGGUUACAUGAAUUCGGUACUAAAUCCGGUCAUUUACACGAUCUUCAACAAGGAUUUCCGAAGAGCGUUCAGACGGAUACUGUUCAAGUGAUGUUUGGCUUACCUGUGCUGCUACAGAUGUGUCGCCAACAGGAUUCUGUUGGCACAACAACGGGCAGUACCAGGUCUUUACAAUAUGCGUUGAUCGGAUUAUAUACUAUAUUAUGUUCUAGCCUCUGAGGAGACACACGGAAUCUUUUAAUCCCGACUGACGAUGUUUUGGUGUAAAAAUAACAUUACUAAAUAGCUUUUUGUACGAAUAUCGAUCAAUAGAUUUCAUAAUCACUUGAUAAUCUGCCAUGUUGGUUUUACACACUUACGAUAUCUGUGUAGCUUCUCAGAGGGAAUUUAGUUGAAUUAUUAAUAUCUGCUGUGACUUUGGAAUUGUUUAGGAAUUGAUAUUUUAUUCAUGUUAUAACUCAGCAUGUUUUUUAUUUCAUGGAAUAAAGUGGACAUAGAAUUUGUACUACGAGUGAAAUUCAGAAAGCGCUUGCAUAUAAAAUAAAUUCAAUUCGAGCCCGCGCCAAUUAAAAAAGAAAAUCAUCGAUGACAGCUGUUCGCAUGUCAUCCUACUUGCACAUAUGCGACAGGUGUCAUGCUGUCUCGCUCGCACUUACAGACGUGAUGAUUCUUUUAUGGCGCGGCCGGGUUGUAAAAGAAAAUUAGAAUUAAAAUUUAAAUUACUCGAAUCAUGUACAAUAUUAUUAGUAAAAUUUAAAAAAUAUUAAAUAUUCAUUAUAAAAUAGGCGAUUACCACAUUAUUCUGCAUAGGUUUAUUUAUGUAGUAUCAAAUAAUAUUUAGUUAAUAAAUAUAUUUAACUAAAAUGAUAUUUACAGAUUCCUAUAAACUAAUUAUU